CUCAUUUAAACGCAUGUUAUAGUUGACAUUCUGUAUACUUGUAGAGUCUGUGGCAUAAGUCUUUCUUUCAAGUGUUUCGUGUUUGUAAAGACGUUGUAAGGACGUCAUGCCUUUCGAACGCUACGUAGAACCAGGGCGUGUUGCCCUGGUAGCCGACGGACCCCUUAAAGGAAAGUUGGUGAGUGUUGUGGAUGUCAUUGAUCAAACACGAGCACUCGUCGAUGGUCCCGGCAGCGGUGUUCCACGACAGCAAAUUCGUCUCAACCAACUGCACCUUACAAAAUUCCGCCUUAGCUAUCCAUUCACAGCACCAACACGUGUUGUAAGGAAAGCUUGGACUGAUGCUAAGCUUAAUGAAAAAUGGGCUGAAAGCCAAUGGUCUAAGAAUCUGGCUAAUAAGGAGAAACGCGCUGAAAUGACUGAUUACGACAGGUUUAAGUUAACAUCAGCACGGGUCAAGAGAAACCGAGCCAGGACGGCUGUGUUCAAAAGCCUUAAAGUUAAAGCUGCGCGAGGAGGCAAAUUUGGAAAGAAGAAAGUUCCCAAAACACCAGCCAAGAAGCAACGCACGAAGAAGGCACCCGCAGCCAAACCAGCGAAGAAGUAAUUCUUGUUUUGUGUCUGAAACAAAAGUGUAAUUUAUAGGACAAAUCAAAUAAAGGAUUACUUUAAGCUAAAA